AUGAACGUAACGGAUUUACCUGAUGAGAUUAUUGAACAGAUCUGUUCAUAUGUUUCACCUGUUCAGUUAUGUUUGUCAGGAUGGGAUAGGGUCAGCAAAGGAUUCAGAGAUAUGCUACAACAAAUAUAUCAGAGCUUUCGUGUAUUGAAUACAAUUACAGGACAAGAUUGCAAAUUCUUUGAGCAGUUUUGUUUGCCACAAGCUUAUGACGAUGAGAUCCUUACAAGAAAGCUCGAAAUCGUUAUUCGAAAUAUUUUCCUACAUGUCACGAUGCUUACCGUCUCUGCGGGAACACUUUGUGCAGUUUUACGAUACAUCGUCAAAUUUGAACCCAUUUUGUUAAUGCCGAAACUUCGUUUUCUUCAUAUAUUGUUAGGCGAUAAAUGUGGUGUUCUGACUAACAGUCAUGUAUUUAGCAAUUUCACAGUAGCUCGAAAGUUUGUCAAUGAGUUGAAGUUUUUGGAACUAUCGGUGACGCUGUCGCCAGAUAGCGAAAAAUUUAUAACAUGCUGUAGUUUUCGAAAGCUGCUUCGCUUCCUGAUGGAAAUAACUGGAAACACUGGAACAUGGUCUUUAUGUCUCAAAGAUAAAACCAAACGAGCACAAGGAUGGUUCUGCCCGUCGGAGUUGUCGUCUUAUCGAGUUAUUGCCUUCAUUGCAUAUGUGAGGACAGUACUGGAGUUGGGUAUAUCUCUUCAUACAUUACAGCUGAUUGAUGAAUUGAAAAUAUCUCCUUAUAUGAUGGUUAUGAAAAAGAGACGACGUUUUCUCUACAUGUAUGAUGAGUACAGGCAGUGCGAGAAUUUGAUUCUAUGCUAUGAUAUUGGAAUUAUUGCACCGUCGUUUCCUCCUAUUGAUGAUAAAUACUACCAGUUACAACAGGUCGAAAUAAUAUCUUCACAUGUUCUUUACAAGGAUGAUUUCUUGAAAUACCUCUCGUUAGCAUCAAAUAUCAAAGUUGUACGCAUCCUCUUACCAUGUCAUUGGACCGAAAGGGUGGAGCGAUGCGCAUUUGGAUGUUUCCUUAAUGCUGAUUUUGCAUGUUUCAUGAAAUAUGGAUGGGCUUCAUUAUCAUGUUACCUUCCUCGUGCUUCGCUUGUUUUUUCCUAAAAACUUUUGAUUGGGUGUUGAUUUGUUUUUCUGUUUAUACAAAUCAGAUUCUGCUGUUAUAUGUUGACCGAUAACUGAUCUCGUGUUUAC